ACUCAUCCGGGCUUCCCAGCUGUUGCCAUCGGUUCAGUAGAGAUGAUGAGGAGAGAAAGCGGCCUAGCUUCAGUCGGUCAAUUUAAUAUCGGAUUUAUUAUCACCACCGCUUUAAUUAACUAAAUAUUAGACUGGAGUAUCUUUAGAGGAGUAAUUAAUGAUCGUGAAUGGCUCAUUUCCUUAGCAGAAGAAUAGUUUUGGCUGCUGGACCGUGACCCUAGUAACGUUAUCGCUUAAAGCUAAACUCCAUUUUCCUCUCAGCCGAGUCAGAUGAUUUCCAUCUAACUUUGACUUUUUAGGACACUCCGUUUCAAACAGCGUGUGGUGUGUGACGAUCAUGGCCGUGUUCAGCUCCCAGGUGCUGCUCGCUGUCACUAGAUCAAGGGGAUCAUACUUGCUCUCCAAACGCCAUGACUGCUCCUUUCUUUCCUCUUCCUCUAUCCGUUAUCACAUCGCCGUGCCGGAUCUCUCAUCAUUCACUCCUCCCAGACCCCUUUGCCUUCACAUACCCCGUAAAACCAACCCACAGACUUUUUUCAUCCCCGCUCGAACCCUUCACUCCUCCUGCGUCUGGCUCCAGGAAGUGAAGAACUCCCCCGCUGAAGGCAAACAGGUGAAUGCUGAUGUCAUUCCUGAGCCUACUAAAGCUGUGGCGCGUAAAUCUCUGGGUCAGAGAGUGCUGGACGAGCUGAAGCAUUACUACCACGGCUUCCGGCUGCUGGGAAUCGAUACGAAGGUUGCCGGACGCAUGGUGUGGAGGUUGCUGCAUGGACAGCAUCUCACCCGCAGGGAGCGGAGGCGGCUGAUGAGGACGUGUGCAGACUUGUUCCGUCUUGUCCCUUUCAUGGUGUUCAUCAUUGUCCCCUUCAUGGAGUUCCUGCUUCCUGUUUUCCUAAAGCUCUUCCCUGAAAUGCUUCCCUCUACUUUCGAGACAGAGACCAAGAAGGAGGAGAAGCAGAAGAAGGGACUCGCAGCUAAACUGGAGCUGGCGAAGUUUCUGCAGGAGACAAUCGCUGAGAUGGCCCUUAGAAACAAAGCGGCUGUGGGUGGAGACGAGACACAGAAGUUCUCUACUUAUGUGGAGCAGGUGAGACACACUGGCGAGCAGCCCACUACAAAAGACAUCGUGAAAUUCUCCAAGCUUUUCGAAGACGAACUGACGCUGGAGCACUUGGAGCGCCCGCAGCUAGUGGCUCUGUGUAAAUUGCUGGAGCUGCAGCCCAUCGGCACCAACAAUCUUCUGCGCUUUCAGCUCAUGAUGCAGCUGCGUACCAUCAAAACUGAUGAUGAGAUGAUUUCUAAGGAAGGGGUUUCAGCGAUGACUGUAGCAGAGCUUCAGUCUGCGUGUAGGAGUCGAGGGAUGAGAGCUCUCGGUCUUAGCACAGAUCAGCUGAGAGAACAACUCCAACAGUGGCUGGAUCUGCACUUGAAAGAAAACGUUCCUCCAUCUUUGCUGCUGCUUUCCAGAGCCAUGUACCUGACAGACCUCAAACCCAAAGCUCCUGUUAUUCCUCCUGUGCCCAAACUGGAGAAAUCUCCUGUUGAGAGUGAAUCUACAGCAAAGACCCGUUCCUCUUCUGUGGAAAUGCUGAUUGACUCUGCCCCCGUCAUCAAGGACAGGAAGGUUAGCGGAGGAAUUGGCGGACAAACGUGACUUGGAGAUGCCAUCACCAGAGGCUCAGUUAAUUCAUGCUAAAGGUGCAGAAAUGGCACAGAAAUCCAAGAUAAGUGCUAAUGGACUUUGACAGGCUUCUUCUGGAAAUUUCUAACUGUACUUCAUCAUCUGCCAUGCCAGCCAUGAGGGCACUCACUCACUUGAUCUUACACACACGCGAACACACUCCAGGAUCCUGGCGGUAGACUCUGAAGUGUCCCUGCUCUCCUGCGGUGCUCCAUGGCCCUUUUUUCUUUUUUUUUUCUUCUUCCCAGUUUACAAACCAGAGAAAUAGAACCAUGUCGGUUCAUUUUGUGUACAUUUGUAAAUAAAAUGUAAAAUAUUACCUGCAUAUUAUAAAUAUUAUGAAGACGUGAUCCUCAUUUGGUCACAGGACUGUGCCAUAUUUCACCUAUACUGCUGAGAAUCAGUCAUGCUGUUUAGUGCAGGCAGGUCGCGUUUGGUUUCCUUUACAAAUGGAACAUGAAGUUGACUGAAGUUGUAUGGAAUCCUUAGGCGCCGGAAGAUGAAAUAAAUCAGCUUUCACUCGUGCACUCGACUUUUCAGACCUGUUUGUGAGUUUGUAUAGGUUAGUGCGAUCAUAAAAUAUUUAAUUUUUUUGUAAUGGAAACUAAGCAGGUGUCUUUUACACUACAUAAAGAUCAGUGUUUAUUUUAACUGAAGUAUAUAAAUCAAUUGAUAACUCUAUAAGUAUUUGUAGCUACUUUAAAGCCCUAAUCAGGAGUCUUGCAAAAAGAAAUGUAGCAUUUUAUUUUCCUGUUUGGAGACGUGUAUUUGUUCAUUUGUUUUUUUCCGCCCCUCUGAGUUGGUUAAAGCUUUAUAUAUUUGUUUCAUUGCCAGAUUAGCUGAGCAGUCAGUGAACUAGUGGAGUCCUACUGCUCUGGCUCUCUCUCUCUCUCUCUUUCUCUCUUUCUUUCUCUCUUUCUCUCUCUUUCUUUCUCUCUCUCUCUUUCUCUCUCUUUCUCUCUCUCUCUCUCUCUCUCUCAUUUAUAUAUGUGUAUGUACUACAACUAUACCUAAAAACAUAAUCUAUAUUUCUAAUAAAUCUGUAUAAUUUGUUAAAAUAUUUCUGAUAUAAAAAAAUUAACUUGGAUAAACAAAGAAAUUGCAUUCAUUGCAAUAGUUACAGAAAACUUUUUACUGCUUUUUUUUUUUUUUUCAUCAAAAUGUUUAGAAUUAUGUUUUAGGUGUAGAAGUAUUUCUAUACUUUGAAAUCAAAAAUUAUAUUGGAAUUGCCCUCGAAUUAUUAAUGAUUAUUUGAAGAAACAAAUUUCAUUCGCUCAGCACGGAUUCAUUUUAAGAGCGUCAUAUUUGAAACGAAUGAUUUAUAGAUGCAUGGCAUUCUGGGUAAUAGAGCGCACUAUAAGGGAAACUUAAAUGUAGUUGUACUAUAUGGUAAAUAUAUAAGUGGAAACACAUGAAUCUACAGCAGGGCAGUGAUCUGGCUUCUGCUCUCCUGCUGGCUGAAAUAUAUUACAUUUAAAUCCACAGAAUAAAACUGGAGCAAAAACCUGCUCUUUACCGUGGUGUGUCUUUGCAUUAAAUUGAGAAGUAGUUGGAGAUGGAUGAUUGUGAAACCCUGUGUGUGGGUGUUGCCAGUCUGUUUCCUCAUUGGGGCUUUAAAGAAAGACCUGUUACUGUUCUUGGAGAAACGUGUACUUCAUGAACCUCCCGCUCUCUGUGUGAUAAAGUAACGGCACUUUUGAUGAAAGAUUUUAUUUUUUUUUUAAUAUUCAUUUAGUAUGUAGAGUCUCAUUUCCAAUGCAGUGCAGCAACACUUGUGUGUUUUUAUGCCUGUAGGUUAAAUAUGAGCUAUAACACUUUCUAGGAUCCCAGAUGAGUGUUAUCACAUUUCUAUAUCACAGAUAUUGUGUUGAAUAUUUAAUAAAGUGCAUCAGCUCAGUCUGAUGAUUUUGCCCGUUGGCAUAGAUUAAUAUUCUAAUGAGCAGACUUUGAUUAGCAGCUUGGCGGUGUGUGAGACCUCUAGUGUGUUAUGGCGAGUGCUGAUAAGUGUGCCGGAAUAGUGAGGGACCUCAGACGUGGAUUGUAUACAAGGAUACAAUUUAUAGAGUUUCAUGAGUCUCUGUACAUUUAACUUAACAUCAUGCUCACAUCAUUUUAACUGCUGUGUUAAAUUGAUGGUUUAUUUUUAUUUCCUGACAGUUUAAGUUGGACCUUCAUGCCUUUUCAUUUGGUGCCGAUUAAAACUCUAUGCCUUUCAUUUGGUAUUUCUCUGUUAUAUUGCUGUGUCUGGAAUAUUUAAGGGGCUCAUUUCCUGCCCUGUGGUUUUUAAUGUUUUAACCACCUUGUCAACUUCCCCACAUUAAAAAUGUGCUUCCCGUG